AGAAAAGAGGGAAGUUGGAAGAGAGACAAAGCCAAAAGCUGGGGGUAGAACGACAAGAGAGGGCCGAUUAACUAACUUGUCGUUUUGGAGAAUGUCGUUGUAUCCAGAGCUUAGCUUCAAUGUGGACCAUGGUUACUUGGAGGGGCUGGUACGAGGACUGAAGGCCGGGAUACUGACUCGGUCCGACUAUCACAACCUGGCCCAAUGUGACACACUAGAGGACAUGAAGCUGCACCUGCAGAGUACAGACUACGGCAGCCUCCUGACCGCUGGGAACGAGGACCUGACCGUGUCUCUCAUUGACCACAGACUGAAAGAGAACAUUCUGACUGAGUUCCGCUGCCUACGCGCUCACUCCCUACCGCCCCUCUCCACCUUCCUCGACUACAUCACCUACAGUUACAUGAUUGACAACGUGGUGAUGUUGAUCACCGGUGCCCUGAAGCAGAGGGACGUGGCAGAGCUUCUGCCACGGUGCCACCCACUGGGAAUGUUUGACCAAAUGGCAGCGGUUGGCAUCGCCCGCACACCUGCUGAGCUCUACUGUGCCAUCCUGGUGGACACACCUCUGGCUCUGUUCUUCCAGGAUGCUGUGUCUGAGGCCAACCUGGACGAGAUGGGGGCUGAGAUCAUGAGAAACAAACUGUACAAGGCUUAUUUGGAGGCAUUCUACAAAUUCUGUCAGGAGAGUGGAGGAGCCACAAAGAACAGCAUGUGUCCUGUCCUGGAGUUUGAGGCCGACCGGCGUGCGUUCAUCAUCACAGUGAACUCGUUCGGGACAGACCUGAGUGGGGUGGGGAGGAGCGCCCUGUACCCCUCCUGUGGGAGACUGUACCCCGAGGGGCUCCGUCUCUUGGCAAGGGCAGAGGACUACGAGCAGGUCAAAGCUGUGGCCGACUACUACCCUGACUAUAAACUCAUAUUUGAUGAACCUGAGGCAGGAUCCUCCAGAACCCUGGAGGACAGAUUCUUUGAGCGGGAGGUGAAGCUGAACACGCUGGCCUUUCUGCAGCAGUUCCAUUUGGGCGUGUUCUACUCCUACCUCAAGCUGAAGGAGCAGGAGGCGCGCAACAUGGUCUGGAUCGCAGAGUGUGUCACACAGAGGCAAAAGUCUAAGAUCGACAACUACAUCCCCAUCUUCUGAAGGACGAACACACUGUCUGUUGGAGCGGUUACACACCUUUUUUUGUAGUAGGAGUAAUAUUAGCAACGGUUGUCAAAAUUGAUAACAGGUUCAAAAAAAUACAGUUCUGAUCAAUAUAACAGCUUUUAUAAACAAAAGGCUUCAAAUAUUGACUGUAUUAUAGCACAUGAACAAUUGUAUAACGAGAGACAGAACAAUCUAUGGAAUCCAGACAUUUUGGUGGGACUUUAGGUGUACAAUUGCAUGUCAAAUAUAUAAAAAAUAAAAAUUCUCAA